AUGAGUUGGCUAAGAAGAGACAGCGAUCUUUUGCAAAUCUCCGUUCAGGAAGUUCGGUUCACUGCGCUUCACAUAAAAGUGCAUAGCCUGAGUGUGGAGCUGGUUGCCGCUGGCCAGCGCUAUACAACUCACGCCGCCCUCCCCGCCCCGGUGGAUCCGGUGUCGCAUCGGCACAAAUGUCGAUGGCCCGAAGCCACUUUGGCAAUUCCACUCCGGGCUUUUGCGGGUACUGAACGCCCGACCGUUACAAUUACGUUUUGGGACCGUAAAAAGCGACGCAGCACCGAGCUGGGCAAGGUGGAGUGCUCUUUCCCCUCGUUCAAUAAUGAGUCUACCGAGACGUUGACUCUGCCAGUUGACAAGACACCGUUUACGGAGCUGAAUAUGAAGGUGGACCUUUGCUUUGAAGUGAAUACCAGCGAAGAUGGCCGUAAUCACUGGUUCCAAGAGUUUUUCUCUCCCAGGGCCCCGGAGCUUCCUUAUGAAAAAUCUCGGUUUAAUAUCCUACAAAGGUUGCAAGCAAUGGCAUUGAACGAGGAUGAUGCAUAUUCCUUGGUCUCAGAUUCUCCCCGUGAUCAAACGUCUUCUUCAGGCACUAUGAAGCGCUCAUUCUGGAACCAAAGCAACGCAUCGAUAGCGUCUACACGUGAACCACAGCAUACGUUCCAAGUUGAUGUGGCCAGUCAAAUAGAAGGCAUUGUAUUCCUUGAGAUUGUCAGCAUCCGCAACCUUCCUCGCUUUCGUACUUUGACUGGUCUCUCAUUUGAUAUGGACCCCUUUGUGGUGGUGUCUUUUGGCAAAAAGACUUUUAGGACAUCUUAUCGGCGGCAUACCACGAACCCUACGUUCAAUCAACGUAUCUUGUUGACUGUUGGCCCAGGUGAGCUUAAUUAUGACAUUGUGUUCACAGUUUGGGAUAAAGAUAAAAUCACCCUCAACGAUAAAGUAGCUACUGCCAGUUUGCCGCUCCCGUCAAUUCUGAAAAAUACUCCAGAGUAUAAGAAUGGGUUGUAUGAUUUGGAAUCUCACGGAUCUGAAGCUCGUUUGAUUGCUAUGAAGCCGGUAGACCGCGCAACUAAAGCCGGCUCAGUCCAGCCGGAAAUGUUGGUUAAUGUUCAUUACCUACCUUUUCCAGCCAUCCGUCAACAACUUUGGAGAGGAGUUUUCUCACUCUAUGAUACUGAUGAUACAAACAAGCUCUCAGUUUUGGCAGUCAAAGCCAUGAUGAACGCUCUGGGUAUAACGAAUCCGGAGAAGGCUGCGUCAGAGCUAUUCUGUCAUUCCGGCAGAGAAGAGGAGCUCAGCUCAGACGAACUUGUUCUGGGGUUGGAGAAACUGUUGCAUGACGAUUUCACCGUUGAGGACUCAACAAAUACGAGCGCGAGCAGCGCCAGCCAUUCGAAUGCAGGUCCAGUUAUCAAUUUGCGCAUUUGCCCAAUGUGUCAAAAACUGCAACCCGGAAAACUAACACCUCAGCAAGUCCUGAAUCACAUUGGUGUUUGUGCCAGUCGUGAAUGGGCCGGUUCAGGCACGCCCUUGCUAGAUGAUCGCUAUGUCACAGGACAGCAAGCGUCAAGACGUUGGUACACAAAAUUCUUAUCCAAAUUCUCAUAUGGAUCAUACUAUUUGGGAGCAAAUUCUGCCAAUAUUCUUGUCCAGGAUCGGCAGACCGGCCAGAUCGACGAAGAAAAAAUGAAUGCAGCGAUCCGGUUGGGCAUUCGGCUGGUCUAUUCUACCGCACCAGUCGAACGGUCGAAAAUCAAAACGCUUUUGAAAAAGUACACCAUUCGCCAGGGUCUCAAAUACGAUCAUCCAUCGUCCAAGGCAUAUAUCAAAGAUUUUAUCAAGUUCCACAACCUGGACAUGCAUGACGUUCUUUACCCAGUCGAUUCGUUCAGCAACUUUAACGAGUUUUUUUACAGGCAACUUAAACCUGGAGCCCGGCCCUGUGAACAGCCAGAUGAUCCACGAGUAGCUGUUUCGUUAGCAGAUUGCCGUCUCACCUGCUUCCGGACUGUGGAUGAUGCAACUCGUAUUUGGAUUAAGGGUAAAACUUUUUCAAUCAAAAAGUUACUUGGUGAUACUUACCCCGAGGAUGCUUCUCGAUUCAACGAUGGUUCUAUUGCUGUAUUCAGGUUGGCUCCUCAAGACUACCAUCGCGUUCAUAUCCCGGUUGAUGGAAUUCUUGGCGAGCCAAAGCAUAUUCCUGGCCACUAUUUCACCGUCAAUCCGAUGGCCAUUAGAUCAAACCUUGAUGUUUAUGGCGAGAACGCUCGGACCGUUGUACCGAUAGACUCGCCCAUAUUUGGUAGGGUGAUUGUUGUUCUGGUAGGGGCUAUGAUGGUUGGAAGCAUUGUUAUUACUGCAAAGGCGGGAAGUCAAGUUAAAAGAACAGAUGAAUUAGGAUACUUCAAAUUUGGUGGGUCGACGUGUGUGAUAUUAUUCGAAAAAGGAAAGCUUGUUUUCGACUCCGAUUUGACCAUCAACUCCGACGAUGCCAUAGAAACUUUGGUCAAGGUUGGUAUGUCGAUUGGCCAUACGCCAGAUAUUGCCCAGUACAGCCGCAAGUACGAUACUCGGCGCUUGGCCAUCAACAGAGCUCGCACUACGAUUGUUGGUGGUGGUUCUUAUUUGCCAUUUUCUCUGGAUUAA